AUGCCAUUUUCUUCCACCCCCCAUAAUUUGGUGAGGUCGCCAGAGCACCGCUUUACUCGCGUCACACCCAAUGAUCACAGCGCCGCCAUUUGGAUUGUCUCGGUGUUAUCUUUGAUAUACAUUUUUCUAGUGCUAGCUGUUCGUCUUGGAUACACGAAACGGCGAGCACACGCCCUUGAUGACAUUGUAAUCACUCUUGCACAUCUGGCGAGCUUUGGCAUGUGGGCUUUAGUAUUUAAAUCUCUUAGGAACGGACUCGGGAAAUCAUUCAGCGUACUCAGCGACAUGGAGAUAUCUCAAGUACAGCAAUCCUUUUUCAAAAGCCGCAUCUUGUUAUAUGCUGCACUCGCCCUGUCAAAAUUCUCAAUGCUUGUCCUGAUCCGCGCUGUGUUCGCACGUGACACCCGUGUCUCGCGCAUUUCGAUUGCUGGUUUACUCCUUGUCGCGAUGUGGGGUGUGUUUAGCAUGCCAGCAGUCCCGCUACAUUGCCCAGCUGAGCAUGUCAUACCAAAACCUGGGGAAGACCAUUGCGUGGAUUUCAUCCCAUGGCUGGAGGUAAUCACAGUUGGCGACAUACUCACCGAGAUUAUUAUCAUAUCACUGCCAAUACUAGGCCUCUACAACACGCAGCUUCCCCUGAAAAGCAAGGCCGCCGUCAUGCUUGCUUUCUCCACCCGGAUACCCAACAUCGCAAUCUCCCUAUCCUACCUCAUCGCCUCCUCCACUUUCAUCACAAACAACCACCCACCCAUCGCCAUCGUCGCACCCGUGACCUGGCAAAUCGUCCUCCUAUCCUACAACCUCAUGUCCGCUACCACCCCGCUCCUUCGCGGCUUCACCCAAGGCUUCAAGACAGCAGGAAUGUCGCUCUUCGACAUGCCCGACGCUACUAGCGCCGCAGCAAGCGGAGCAACGCAAGAUAGUGUCGAACUGCGACUAGUUCCGCGGCCCAAAAUGCUACCACAAGACCUUGCCAUGUCGAUUAAUCGAACAGUGGUGCUUGGGGGCGAGGGGAGGCGUAGAUCGAGAGGUAGUGGAGAAAGGUAUCACGAUGAAGUUGCUUCGAUGGAUAGUUGCGGGUCGCGACGAAUAAUGGUGAGGAGAGAGUGGGAGGUCUCGAACGAAUCGUGA